AUGCCUACUGUUGAGCUUAAUUGUCUUUUUCACGGUGAUACUCCUGAUGUUGCUAAUAUUUUUUCUGUUGAAGUAGAUACUGAAACGACUGUUAGCAGACUCAAAGAGAUCAUUAAAGAAAAAAAACAAAACAUUGCCUAUUUUAAUAAUGCAAAAUUUAAAUUGUGGAAUGUCAAUGAAUCAAAUGAGAAAUUGAAUAUCCUUUUUGAUAACCCUAAUGCGAAUAUUAAAAGAAAACUUGGUGGCAAGAUAUUGGAGGGAUUGGAUAAGCUUUCCAUAUAUUUUUCUUACAAGUUAAACAAAAAUUAUAUGCAUAUUCUUUGUGAAUUAUCAGAACUUGCACCUAAGGACAAAAUUAUUUUUAAAGAACAUUCUUUCGAACUAGAAAGUGCUCCAGGAGAUUCAGGUUCCUUAGUUAUUGAUGAAGAUAAUCUACUGGUAGGAAUUCUUCAUGGAGGAUUUUAUAAUAAAUCAGAUGCUUAUAUAAUCCCUAUUACAUUAAUUAAAGAACAUGAUAAAAAGUAUUUUAAAAUAGAAUUUGAAUCAAUAGGAAAUAGUAAUAAUGAUUAA